AUGGUCACUCUCAGAUUUUGUCUCUACGAUUUUGCUUCAUCCCUCGAUGAAUUGAAUAUGAAGCACAGAAUGUUAAGCCUAAUUAAUCAUUCUCAAUUUUCUGAUAUUUCCCUCCAAUGUCAAUCCCUUAAAAGCACUGAUGAAGAAAUUCGGUUUGAAUUUCCGAAACUCUUCACCACCAGAGACUGGACAACAAGAAGAGAAACAAUUAUAUGGACAAACUUUGGUGAAAGCCUGGUACUCAUUGCUCAAAUCCAUAGAAAAUCAUUUCCUCUCUACUCGAUUAUCAUUUCCCAAAUUUUAAAGCAAUAUGAAAUGUUUACCAAUUCAAAAGAUCUUUGUGUCCAUUUCAAUCCGUGGUUACAUUCGGAUAAGAUUGUUGAUAUUGAUAUUCCUAGAUACCUUCCAUUGAGCAAUCCAUUCCUUUCCUAUUCAAAAUUUAAUAAGGAAAGAUUUCAGAAAUUGUUUGGUUGUGUAUUUGGAGAUGAUGUAUCAUUCAUGCCUGAAUCUGUGCAACAAUUACUUAGUUCAAAGAGAAAUAUCUUUAAUGCAAGUCCUAUUUCAAUAGGAAACCUCCAUCAGAGAACAACAGUUCUCUCCAAGCUUAUUACCCUUCCUCAUUAUGAUCCAAUUAUGGAAGAUUUGAUUGAGUUUUUAUAUGAAAUGUGUUAUGAUUUGAGUCCAUUAUCGUUUGUGGUUGGAACGUCUGCUAAUCAUGAUUUGGCUUUAAUGGAAAGAGAUGUUUUUCAAUUAUUGGUUGAUCUGGAAAGUCCUGUUCUAGGUUUUGGAGAUACCAAUAAUCCAAAAUUUAGGAAUAGAUUAUCAACCAUUCUUAGAUUAUUAGAAAAUGAAGAUGAUUUUAAUUAUUACUUUACUUCAAAAAGAAGAAAACAUGUAGAAACUCCAAUAGAUAAUAGUGAUAUUUAUUAUCUUUCUCAAAUUUCUCAAUAUAUUGAGAUGCCUUCCAGAUUACAUACCCCAACUCUGAGGACGAAUCAAGAAGAAAAGUAUUUAGAAGCAAGUUACAAGUUAAAAACUGAAGUUGAGAAUAAUGACAGAUUUGUAAAUGCUCCUCUCUUAAAUUAUAGAAGAAAGGUUGCAGAAAAUGUUAAAAAACUGAGAACAACAACCUUUAGCGAAUAUCCUAAAGUAAUCAAACUUGCCCUUAAGACAUCAAUUGCUAGUAGUUACAGACGUGACCAUUUAGUUGGAUUAGGAACUCAUUAUGGCACCACAAUAUUAGAGGUAACCAAUAGACGUAAAUUAGAGUAUAGAAUUUACCAACUCAGAAAGUUUUUGGGUUUUUGA